AUGCUCAGAUACUCUGCUAAAACAAUACUCCAAUCACCAUUUAGAAGGCAAUUCUCCUCCCAAGCUAGCUUAUUCCAAAAAGUGACAUUGACUCUAUAUGCAAAAGAUGGGUGCAGUUUAUGUGAUAAAGCCAAAGUUGUUGUGGAUGAGGUUCAUAACAGCGACAAAUUAUCCAAAAAGAUAAACCUUCAAUAUGUUGAUAUCACACAACCCUUGAAUAAACAAUGGUGGGAUGCUUAUUGCUUUGAUGUUCCUGUGUUACACGUUGAUAGAACAAACCAAGAAGAUCCUGUUAAAUUCAUGCAUAGAUUAAAUGGCGAUGAAAUAAUAGAAGAGAUCAAUAAGUAA